AUGGCGACAGCAGGUGUUUCUAAGAGUCCCUGGGCGUCUCUGGCAGUGCUAGUGUGGAAGAAGGACAGCUCCCUGAGGUUCAGCAUAGACUACCGGUGGCUGAACACAGUCACUUGCAAGGGCUCGUACCCCCUCCCUCGCGUUGAUGAUGCACUAGUCAGCUUAGGGAGCUCAACGUGGUUCAGCUCACUCUACAUCUGCAGCAGCUACUGCCAAGUCCCGCUCAUGUUAGAGGCCUACUCCAAGUCAAAGUUUGCCAUUGGCCGAGGACUGUGGGCGUACAACGUCAUACCUCUCCAGGGAUUUUCCGGAGCAUCACCAACACCAGCUGAUGCGCCGUUGUACAUGACUGUAGCAGCAGUGAUUUCAGUGACAGUGUGUGGAAAUCUACUUGUCAUAGUGUCCAUCUGCCACUUCAAGCAGCUCCACACACCAACCAACUUCCUCCUCCUCUCUCUGGCUGUGGCAGACUUUCUUGUUGGCAUAGCUGUGAUGCCUUUCCACUUUGCUCUCUUGCUGAAUCCAAACUGGUGCUUUGGUGCAAUUUAUUGCAUCAUUUGCAACGUAGCGUCCUUUCACCUGACUUGCGUGUCAAUUUACAAUGUAGCCUUCAUCGCUGUGGACCGAUAUUUUGCUCUAAGCAACCCUUUUCUUUACUGCACUAAAAUGACAGCGAAUCUGACUUUGAGGAUACUGUCCAUUCUUUGGUUGUGUACAUUUACCUACAAUGUAGUGCUUCUUUUUUCCAAUAUGACAGAAAAUAAUAAUUUUUCUGAGUGUAUUAUUUCAAUUAACAAAAUAUGGACUAUUUUUGACUUUAUAAUAGUAUUUAUUGUGCCCUGCAUGACAAUCAUAGUUAUGUACCUGAAGGUGUUUGCCAUUGCAAGAAGACACGCUAACAAGAUAAACUGCGCCAGACAACAGCAUUCAAAGGGUACGAAACUUAAAAAUUUUUCAAUGGCGUCAGAAAGGAAAGCAGCAAAAACACUUGGAAUUCUAGUGGCAGUGUUCCUGCUGUGUUUGAUUCCUUUCUACAUAAGUGCUUUCCUGAUUGUAUAUAUUAGGAAACCGUCCGUGUAUUAUGUGUUUAUGAAUACCACAACUCUUAUUUAUCUGAAUUCUACAAUCAAUCCUAUAAUUUAUGCUCUAUUUUAUCCAUGGUUUCAAAAGUCCAUUAAACUCAUUUUAACACUGAGAAUAUGUACCUCACAGUCUUCGUUAAUGAACGUGCUUGUAAAGGAAACGUAAACAAUGGAUUUAUAUUAGUGUUUCCCACAAUAAUAUAGAAAUCUGACACUCAUAAUUAACUCCACUGUUAAAA